AGAAGAAGAUUUUAAGCAAUAAAAUGUUACCAUUUUACUAUAAAUAUUUGUUAUAUUGUAAAAUUCUAAUUAAUUAAUAGAAAAUUAUGUUUCUCAACAUCAUAUACCAAUAAUAUAGUUAUGAUCCAUUUUCUUCUUAAACUCCUCUCUUUAUUAUUAUUUUCCAAAGCAGAUUAUGAAGAAUUUCCUUAUGAUUACAGUAAUUCUGAAUUAUUAGGAUAUAAAGAAGGAGUGGUUGGAAAUGAAAGUUUCAUAUAUUACUAUAUACAUCAUUCAGGAAACAUUGUCAUAUCUCUGAAUUCUAGUACUGGAGAUGCGGAUCUCUACAUUUCUGAAACUAAAUUAUUUCCUACAUACUAUCCAGAUACGUAUGAUCUACACUCUGCUACAUGUGGAAUAGAUAUUGUAGAGGUACCUUUGAGUUUUAAAAGCCCAAUUUCUGUGGGAAUUUAUGGUCAUUCGGCACAUGAGUCGAGUAAAUAUAUUUUACAAAUUUUCAAGCAUCCUGAAGCGGACCGAGCUUUUGCAAUUAUAGAAGAUGAAUUAAUUCAAGACACAACACAAAAAGUGGUAAAUGGUGAUCUCAAAACUAAAAACAAUAAAAUCAAAGGAAAGAAGAAUAUUCAACAAGUGGCAAAGAAAGUUGAUGGCAUGCACUACCUUUUUGAAUUAAUGGAGUUAUUGUUCUAACCAAAUGAAAAUAAUAUUUUCUUAUUCAUAAAAUAUAUUAUACAUGUGUUUUAUAUUCUUAAUUUAUGUAUAAAACAUUAGAUAUUUUUCAAAUAUUUAUUACUGCUGAUUAAUGUUUUUACGAAUCACUUUUGAUUCCUUAAUGUUGAUCUAAUUACAUCUGGCCUUCAUAGAUGUAUUAGUGAUUUAUUAUUGUGUUUGAACUUAUAAGUAUGUUAUGGAUUAAAGGACAUUCAG